UCUUCUUCACCACAAUAAAUUUGACAGCAGAAGUUGCUUUUGCUUUGCAUGUAGAGUUCAUCCGUCAUGGAACCUGCAGAAUUCCUGAAUAAUUCGUGAAUUUCAAUUAAAAGUUCAAAUAUUCUGCGAAAUUUAUACCUUGCAUUGUUCUUACAGAUAGUUCUUAAACCGUAAUGGCUCGUCAGUUGAAUCCGAAUCAGCAGAAAAUUGCUGAAAAACUCAUCAUUCUGAAUGAUCGCGGAGUCGGCAUUCUUACACGAAUUUAUAACAUCAAAAAGGCAUGUGGAGACACUAAAUCAAAACCUGGCUUUCUAUCAGAAAAAUCUCUGGAAUCUUCAAUUAAAUUUAUCGUGAAACGAUUUCCUAACAUCGACGUUAAAGGUUUAGCUGCCAUCACCAAUAUCAAAUCGGAAAUCAUCAAAUCACUUUCCUUAUACUACUACACUUUCGUCGAUCUACUUGACUUCAAAGAUAAUGUCUGCGAAAUUCUCACAACGAUGGAUGCUCUUCAAAUUCAUUUGGACAUCACCCUUAAUUUUGAACUCAGCAAAAACUAUCUGGAUUUAGUAACGACUUAUGUUUCGUUAAUGAUUCUGCUUUCCAGAGUCGAAGAUCGCAAAGCUGUUCUUGGACUUUUCAAUGCCGCUUAUGAAAUGCAACAUCAACAAAGUGACCAGAGCUUCCCACGAUUGGGACAGAUGAUUAUUGAUUAUGAUGUUCCGGUUAAAAAGCUGGCAGACGAAUUCAUCCCUCAUCAACGAUUGCUAUCCAGCGCAAUAACAUCACUGACAAAAGUCUAUCCUAUGCGAAACCUAAGUGCGGAGAAAUGGCGAGAACUACAACUUCUCAGUCUAGUUGGCACACCAGCAACUCUUUUGAAAGCAGCUAAAACAGAUACAAUGUCAUGUGAAUACAUUUCCCUGGAGACGCUCGAUCGUUGGGUGAUUUUUGGGCUAAUGCUGAAUCAUCAGCUCUUAGGACAUCAGGAUUUGAUUACUUCAAUGUGGAUAUCGGCCCUGGACUCCAGCUGGGUUGUUGCUUUGUUCCGAGAUGAAGUCAUUUACAUCCAUAUGUAUAUCCAAAAUACGUUUGAAGGAAUGAAGGGAUACGGUAAACGAAUCUCUGAGGUUAAAGAGUGUUACAAUCAGGCAGUGCAAAAAGCGGGAUUGUUACAUCGUGAGAGACGCAAAUUUUUACGAACAGCACUUAAAGAGUUAGCUCUGAUUAUGACUGAUCAACCGGGAUUAUUAGGACCCAAGGCACUGCUAAUUUUUAUUGGUUUAUGCUAUGCUAGGGAUGAAAUUUUAUGGCUCCUUCGCCACAACGAUAACCCGCCGGUUGUGAAAAGUAAAGGAAAAUCAACAGAAGACCUAGUUGAUCGUCAGCUUCCGGAAUUAUUAUUUCACAUGGAAGAACUGCGAGCUUUAGUACGCAAAUACAGUCAGGUUAUGCAGCGCUAUUAUGUGCAGUACCUUUCUGGCUAUGAUGCUAUCGAUUUGAAUCUUAAAAUGCAGCAACUGCAGGUAUGUCCGGAAGAUGAAAGUAUCAUCCUAUCCGCGCUGUACAAUACAGCAGCUUCACUCACAGUGAAACAAGUAGAAGAAAAUGAAACAUUUGAUUUUCGUGCAUUCCGACUUGACUGGUUCCGACUACAAACCUUCAUGAGCGCCAAAUCUGCCAUUCGUAUAGUAGAUUAUCCAGAUCUUGCCCGCUUACUAGAUUCAAUGAUAUUUCACACCAAAAUGGUGGACAAUUUGGAUGAGAUACUGGUUGAAACAUCGGAUUUGUCUAUCUUCUGCUUCUACAAUAAAAUGUUCGAAGACCAGUUUCACAUGUGUUUAGAGUUUCCAGCUCAAAAUCGAUACAUUAUAGCAUUUCCGUUGAUAUGCAGUCACUUCCAGAAUUGCACUCAUGAGAUGUGCCCAGAGGAGCGCCAUCACAUUAGAGAACGGUCUCUCUCGGUGGUAAACAUGUUUUUGGAUGAAAUGGCCAAAGAGGCCAAAAACAUAAUUACUACGAUUUGCGACGAACAGUGCAUGAUGGCUGAUGCAUUACUGCCCAAACAUUGUGCCAAAAUUCUGUCGGCAGCAGCCAAUCGUAAAAAGAAAGACAAAAAUAAAAAGCACAUGGAUGACAUCCGAAGACCGGGCGAUGAAAGCUACAGAAAGACACGUGAAGAACUGACCACGAUGGAUAAACUACACAUGGCAUUGACAGAACUCUGCUACGCUAUCAACUAUUGCCCUACUGUUAACGUUUGGGAAUACGCCUUUGCUCCCAGGGAGUAUCUCUGUCAACAUCUGGAAACAAGAUUCUCUCGUGCUCUUGUAGGUAUGGUCAUGUACAACCCGGAUACCAUGGAAAUCGCAAAACCAUCCGAAUUGCUGGCUUCGGUGAGAGCUUACAUGAACGUGCUACAAACAGUCGAAAACUACGUUCACAUCGACAUAACAAGAGUGUUUAACAACUGCCUAUUGCAGCAAACCCAGGCACAAGAUAGCCACGGAGAGAAAACUAUAGCAGCGCACUAUAAUACAUGGUAUUCGGAUGUUCUGUUGCGUAAGGUAAGCGGAGGAAAUAUAGUAUUUUCUUUAAAUCAAAAAGCUUUUGUUAGUAUAACGCCAGAAGGGUGUAUUCCAUUUAAUCCAGAGGAAUUUUCUGACUUUAACGAGCUACGUGCAUUAGCGGAAUUAAUUGGUCCAUACGGAAUCAAGCUACUGAACGAAUCGCUCAUGUGGCACAUCGCAAAUCAAGUGCAAGAGCUAAAACGGAUGGUUGCGUUGAAUAAGGAAGUCCUCAUUAUACUGCGGAGUAAUUUUGAUAAGCCAGAGAUAAUGAAAGAGCAAUUCAAGCGACUACAACAAGUAGACAAUGUAUUACAGCGCAUGACAAUUAUUGGGGUUAUAUUGAGUUUUCGGCAACUAGCCCAGGAAGCACUUGUGGAUGUUCUUGAUCAACGUAUUCCAUUCCUUCUUUCAUCAGUUAAAGAUUUUCAGGAACACGUCCCCGGAGGCGAUCCUCUUAAAACCGUGUCGGAGAUGGCUUCUGCCUCUGGUUUGAAAUGCAGAGUAGACCCUGCAUUGUCCAAUGCAUUAAAAGCCCAAAAGCCAGAAUUGGACGAAGGUGAACAUUUAAUCGUUUGUCUUUUAAUGGUGUUUGUUGCGGUAUCCAUUCCAAAGCUGGCCAAAAACGAACAUUCGUUUUAUCGUGCAUCGCUUGAGGCACAUACUAACAAUACACACUGCAUGGCAGUUGCAAUCAACAAUAUCUUCGGUGCAAUGUUCACAAUAUGCGGGCAGAAUGAUAUAGAAGACAGAAUGAAAGAAUUUCUGGCUCUGGCUAGUUCCUCGCUUCUGCGUCUCGGGCAAGAAUCUGAUAAAGAGGCGAUUAAAAAUCGAGAAUCUAUCUAUCUCCUGCUAGAUCAGAUCGUUCAGGAAUCCCCGUUCCUGACUAUGGACCUACUCGAAUCGUGUUUCCCCUACGCUCUUAUUCGAAAUGCAUACCAUGCCGUUUACAAGCAAGAACAAAUGUUGAUUCAUUAAAACAUAAAUUUCUCUUUUGAGAAAGUUCUAAGUGAUUUCCUAAACGAAAUCGUAUAUUCUGCUUUUUUGGAAAAACAAUCCGAUCAAAUGUAUCAUACCGUAAUUUUUACAUUCAUAUUUAUAACACAUUUCAGGUUCAUUAAGUCAUUGCUAUUUUGCAUGUUAUAACUAUAAAUUAAAUAUAAACAACUAUUUCUUACCAAAUAUUCAAAAUAUAUGUUCACAAGCUACAUCCCAGGAGAUUUCAAGUAUAAAGUGAAGAAUCUGCAAUGUGCAAAAAUUACAUCUCCAUAUAUUUGCUCUACCAAUAAUUAUCCUGAUUACUAAAAGAACCAGUAAUUACACAGAAAAGCAUAGAGCACAUAUAAAUUAAGUCAAUCAUGAUUCUAAGACAAAACUCGAGCGAAAUUAUUUCUAAGCGGCAAUAUUUCAUAUUUCAUAUAAACAAAUAUAUAAAGCAAACAUCA